AUGGCAAAACCUUUAGAUCACAUCAAGAGACCUAUGAACGCCUUCAUGGUUUGGUCCAGAGGUCAGAGGAGGAAGAUGGCCCGGGAAAACCCGAAGAUGCACAACUCUGAAAUCAGCAAGAGACUCGGAGCGGAGUGGAAAAUGCUCUCUGACUCUGAGAAGCGUCCCUACAUCGACGAGGCCAAGAGACUGCGGGCUCAGCACAUGAAGGAGCACCCGGAUUACAAGUACAGACCCCGGCGCAAACCUAAGAGUCUCCUGAAGAGGGACCGGUUCGUUUUCCCGUUGCCGUCUUUACUCGGGGACGCAGCGGAACACUUGAAAGGAUUUUCCAUCGACUCUUUUCUCGUCCCCGGGGAUAAAGCCAGAGCUCUCCUGGCUCCCGCCUCCGCUGCUUCCUCAUUCUCUCUCCUGGAGCCGGUGGCACAUUUCAGCACCGGAGCUGUCCAGCGGAUGGCGGAGAUACCGCACUCUCUGACCGCAGGCGCCGUGCCCUACAGCGCGCACACCUUUGGAUACCAGACUGGAGGGUUUGGGGGUCUGCCCUGCCCCGCACAGCACACCCACACUCACCCAUCGCCUUCCGGCCCGGGAUACAUGAUGCCGUGUAACUGUGGCGCCUGGUCUGCAGCUACUUUACAACCCCAGGUGGCAUAUAUCCUCUUUCCUGGAGGGAUGACCAAGAGCGGCAUGGACUCGUACGCUUCACCCAGCUCCAGUGUGUGACAGACUGGAUACACAUAAAGACGCAUGGGCAGGAGGGGGAAAGUUUGCGCACAGAAAGAAGAAGAGGUCGUUUAGAGACUCAGGCUUAGAUGACCACAUUUAAAUAUUAAAGUGUCAGCGCAGAUAUUUCAAUCACGGAUUGAUUAAAAAAAAACUAUAAAAGUCCCUGUAUUACUCCUUAUUCCAUGUAAAUAGA